UGCGUACUUCCCCCUUCCCUUCCUCCCCCUCUCGCGUCGCUCAAUAUUCCUAUACCUCGAUUUUGUCACAAAUCUUUCUAUUUCUUCAGCAAAAUCCGUAGAUUUUAUGUAGUGUAGCGAUCCCAAACUCUCUCGCUUCAGUUCAAGUCCGCGUUUUCCCUUCUAUUUCUUUCCCAUUUUAUGUGAUUUCUUGAGACCCUCUUGGUGCUGUUCUUGGUAAAGCAAGUUAUUAUUCGUCCUUCUUUUGGAAUUUCUGCACAAGGAGGAGAGUUUUGUCAUCGCAAUCUUGCGGCCAUGUUCACCGAAGGGCUUGCUCCCGGCGACGUCCGUUGGGUUCGUGAGGGCCUCUCGUCUGCCACGAGCGCGCAGCACCGAAUUGACCCCCUCCGCGGCCUCCGGAAUGGCGGGCGGGGGCUCGGGAUCCCACCGCCGGAGAAAUUUCGCAGCGGGCACUUGCCGCUGGGCGCGAUCCCGAUGUCUCGCACCCUCCCGACUCGCGAUGGUAGCGAGUCCGGCUCCGACAUGGAUGAGUCAUCCGAUACCGAGGUGGAGACCUACGGUCGGCACUCUGCCGAUUCGUCCCCCCAGGAUGAGAUCUCGGGUCAGAGAUUCCCGGGUGGAGCGUUCCCAGCAGCUGGAAUUGGCAAUCGGUAUGCUGGUCUGGGAUCAGUUCAGCAUUAUUACUCUAGUGAUGGGUACUCAGACAUUAGCUCGUCAGUGGAUACCAUUCGGAAACAGGCACCGCAGAUGAGGAAGCCAGUUCAUUCUAACGGCUAUAUGAAAGAGGAGGAUGAGGAAGAUGGGCUGUCGGAUUCUGGAGGGAGCUCAGAUUUCUCAAGUCAGAUAGAGAGGCAGAAUGACAGUGUCAAUGCAUCUUUGAGAGGCGAGAGCUCUUCACGUAAUGUCCCCUUGAGAGGACCUGCAAAUGACAAUGCAGAAACCAUUGGUGUGCCUUCAAAAGUAGGCUACAGUGCCCAUAGUUACACUCACGAAGCUUCUUCCAGGGAAGGUCUGAAUGUGGUGCCAAAUAAGUUUGAUGUAGCUUCACGGGGUGUUUAUCAUGCAAAGAGCUAUUCCAGCCAUGCUCCCUUUGGUGAUGACACGACAGAUGCGGGUGGUCUGUCUGAUGUUCCAAGUGCUCCUCCAAUUCAUUGUUAUGAUCAGGACACAGCUGAUGCUCCAGAUCAAAUGGCGGCUGCAAGACCUUGUGCUGCUCCUCAUCCUUCUGCUGGAAAUGGUUCAACUGUAAUGAAGGAGUCAACUCGGAGUGGUAAUGCCAGAUUCAAUAUGCCUGAACAGAACACCAGUCUGCCACAAAGGAGCACUUCAAAUCCAGAAGCUGCUAAAUCCUCUAGCUUAUUACCUGCUCGUAUUCCAACUUUUCAUGCAAGUGUUCAAGGGCCUUGGUAUUCUGUCAUUGCUUAUGAUGCAUGUGUUCGGCUAUGCCUUCAUUCAUGGGCCAGAGGUUGCAUAGAAGCUCCCAUUUUCUUGGACAAUGAAUGCACGCUUCUGCGAGAUGCAUUUAGCUUGCGCCAAAUUUUGCUACAAUCAGAGGAAGAGCUUCUGGCAAAACGGUCUCCAGAGCUUGUUAGUGAAGGAGCUGGGCCAAAGCCUAAAAAGAUUAUAGGCAAGAUGAAGGUUCAAGUUCGCAAGGUCAGAAUGGCACUAGAUAUGCCUUCUGGAUGCAGUUUUUCACCCUUGAGCUUGCCAAUGGUCAAACUAGAGUCACUUCAGUACCGUAUGUCCAAUCUGCAGUCAACUCUCUCAUUGGGAUGGGAAUCACUUCGUAAAGUUCGUGUUAUGCCUCGUUUACCAGCCAAUAGUUCUUUCUCGAGGCAUAGUUUGGCAUAUAUGCAUGCUAGUGCUCAGUAUAUUAAACAAGUUUCUGGCCUACUUAAAACUGGAGUUACUUCUUUGCGCAGUAGCAGUUCAUCAUAUGAAGUAAUGCAAGAAACAUACUCUUGUCAGUUAAAGCUCAAAAGUUCCCCUGAAGGGGAGUGUAUUCGAAUGCAACCUGGAUCGGGUGAAACACAUGUCUUCUUUCCUGAUAGCAUAGGUGAUGAUUUAAUUGUUGAUGUCUAUGAUUCCAAAGGCAAGUCAUGUGGGCGGGUAUUGGUCCAAGUUGCUUGCAUUGCUGAUGAUCCUAGUGACAAACUUCGAUGGUGGUCCCUUUAUCGUGAACCAGAGCAUGAACUUGUAGGCCGAAUACAACUACACAUAAACUACAUGACUAGUCCUGACGAGAACAGUGCUUUAAAGUGUGGUUCUGUUGCAGAAACAGUUGCAUAUGAUAUUGUUCUGGAAGUUGCAAUGAAAGCUCAACAAUUCCAGCAAAGGAACUUAAUGCUGCAUGGACCAUGGAAAUGGUUACUAACAGAAUUUGCUUCAUAUUAUGGGGUUUCAGAUGCUUACACAAAAUUAAGGUAUCUUUCUUAUGUUAUGGAUGUAGCAACCCCUACAGCUGACUGUCUCACAUUGGUUCAUGAUCUGCUGUUACCUGUGAUUCUAAGGAGCCGUAGUAAAAACUCACUAAGUCAUCAAGAGAACCGCAUUCUAGGAGAAACACAGGAGCAAGUUGAGCAAGUUCUUGCUAUGGUAUUUGAGAAUUACAAGUCCUUGGAUGAAUCCUUACCCUCGGGAAUGUCCGAAGUUUUUAGGCCUGCCACUGGGUCUCCUGCACCAGCAUUGAUACCUGCUAUGAAGUUAUUCACACUUCUUCAUGAUAUACUGUCUCCAGAGGCACAGCUGAAGCUAUGCAGUUAUUUUCAGACUGCUGCCAAGAAGAGAUCAAGAAGACACUUGCUUGAAACUGAUGAGUAUAUAGCAAGCAAUAAUGAAGCAAGUAGGAUGGAUGUUGUUGGCUUUUCUACUGCAUAUCAGAAGAUGAGGACGCUGUGCUUCAAUAUCCGAAAUGAAAUUUUUACUGACAUUGAAAUCCAUAAUCAACAUGUGCUUCCAAGCUUUCUAGACUUGCCAAAUCUAUCUGCAUCCAUUUAUGAUGUUGAGCUCCAUAGUAGAUUGCGGGCCUUUCUUGUUGCAUGCCCUCCUAGUGGCCCUUCACCACCUGUGGCAGAUCUUGUUAUUGCAACUGCAGAUUUCCAAAAAGAUCUCUGUAGCUGGAAUAUCUGUCCUGUCAAAGGUGGUGUUGAUGCAAAAGAGUUGUUCCACUUGUAUAUCAUGUUAUGGAUAAAGGAUAAACGCCUUGCAUUACUUGAAUCUUGCAAAUUAGAUAAGGUAAAAUGGUCAGGAGUUUGUACACAACAUAUGACCACUCCUUUUGUGGAUGACAUGUAUGACCGACUGAAAGAGACAUUGAAUGAGUUUGAGGUCAUCAUCUGCCGUUGGCCAGAGUACACUUCUUAUCUUGAAGUUGCUAUUGCAGAUAUUGAGAAAGCAGUGAUUGAAGCUUUGGAGAAGCAGUAUGCUGAUGUAUUGGCUCCACUGAAGGACAGUAUGAUGCCAAAGAAAUUUGGCCUCAAAUAUGUUCAGAAACUUGCUAAGCGAAAUUCAGUUUAUCCUUAUACUGUGCCUGAUGAUCUAGGGAUUCUUUUGAACACCAUGAAAAGGUUGCUCGAUGUCUUACGACCCAAGAUAGAAAUGCAGUUUAAAUCAUGGGGUUCUUGUAUACCUCAUGGUGGGAAUGCAGUUGCUGGUGAAUGCCUCAGCGAAGUGACUGUGACAUUGAGAGCGAAGUUCAGGAAUUAUUUGCAGGCUGUAGUAGAAAAGCUCAUGGAGAAUACUCGAGCACAAAACACGACAAAGCUCAAGAAGAUCAUCCAAGACUCGAAAGAUCUGGUGGAGUCUGUUAUUCGUAGUAGAAUGCAGCCCUUAAAGGAUCAGCUAAUUCAGACCAUCAACAGCCUCCAUAAAGUAUUUGAGGUUCAUGUAUUUGUCGCAACAUGUCGCGGCUUAUGGGAUAGGAUGGGACAGGAUGUUCUUAAAUUUCUGGAGAAUAGGAAAGAGAACAGGGCAUGGUAUAAAGGUUCACGAGUUGCAAUUGCUGUUUUGGAUGACACGUUUGCAUCUCAGAUGCAACAGCUACUUGGUAACAUGCUGCAAGACCAAGAUUUGGAACCUCCCAGAUCAAUCUUGGAGGUGCGUUCAGUGCUCUGCAAGGAUGCACCUGUUCAGAAUAAUUCCAACUUCUACUAUUAA